GCUACGUGGGCAGCGUGGAGGAAGGGAGAGAAACAGAGAGAGAGAGAGAGAGAUAGACACGAAGAGAGACAGAGAAAAAGAGAAAGACAGAUGGAUAAAGAGAGAUAAAGAAAAUAAACAACGGCCAUUAAAAAAAAGAGAGAGAGAAAAAAAGAGCGAGGGUGGAAAAAAAGGAAAGAAAAGAGACUAGUCCAAGAUGGUUUUCAAAGCGCUUUCGAAGAUCAAAAUCAAAGUGGAUCUCAAGCCCACGGUGGAUAGCUUGGUGUUUCGACUCCACUAUCGAUACACCAACCGGAUCCUCCUCGCUUCCACCCUGCUAACCACGCUCUACGAUGUCGUCGGCAAAAAGAUCGACUGCAUCACAAACGUCGGCUCGGAUUCCUUCAAAGAGGUGGUGGACAACUACUGCUUCAUCAUGGGCACGUUCACGGUGGACAGGCUGCACGAGAAGCAAGUGGGGGUCCAGGUGCCCCAUCCGGGUGUAGGGCCGCCCGAACCCGACGACGAACUCACCUUCCACUCGUACUACCAGUGGGUGCCGUUCGUGCUGUUCGCGCAGAGCCUGCUGUUCUACGCGCCGCACUGGCUGUGGAAGCAGUGGGAGGGCGGCCUGUUCAAGACGGUCAUCCAGGACCUCUCCGUCAGGGACUACCUCGGCAGGGAAAUGAAGCCCUACUUCAGCCGCGACGAAAGGUACCGGGCGCUGUCUUCCUACAUCCAGAACCACAUAGAACAGCACAAGCGUUGGGUCUUUAGGUUCUUCCUGUGCGAGGCCCUGAACCUGGUUGUUGUGCUGUCGACUCUCUACUUCACAGACUGGUUCCUUGGCGGGGAGUUUCUUACGUACGGUACUGAUGUGAUCCAGGUGGCCGGCAUGGACCCCGAGAACAGGACAGACCCGAUGGCCUUCGUGUUCCCGCGGAUGGCCAAGUGCACCUUCAAGAGCUUCGGUAGUUCGGGCACCAUCCAAAUCCGUGACGUCAUGUGCCUCAUCGCCACCAACAUCAUCAACGAGAAGAUCUACCUGUUCCUGUGGGUGUGGCUGGUCACCCUGACGGCGCUGACGGCGGUCUGGGUCGUCUACCGUCUCCUCGUUAUGCUCUUGCCGUGUCUUAGAGUGGCUGUUCUAAAGCUGUACGUGAGGGAGUCCUUCCACUCCGACGUCACAGCGAUCAUGAAGGAAUCGUCCCUGAGCGAGUGGUUCCUCCUGGUCAGCCUCGGGAAUAACAUGGAAGCGACGGUCUUCGGCGAGUUCCUCCGGUUCUUCGCCAAGGACCAGACCAAAUCUACGGACACGAUACCCAUGCACGAAUACGAGAAAGAGAGGAUGUCGAUGUGAGUGGAACGUGUGCGAGGGGAAGGGAGAAAGAGAGAGAGAGAGAGAGAGAGAGAGAGAGAGAGAGAGAAGGAGAAAAGGAGGGAAAGGAAAGGGGGUAGAGAGGGAGAGUUAGAAAGAGAGAGAUAGAAAGGGAGUGCGAGUAAGCGAGCGAGCAAGAGAGAGAGAGAGAGAGAGAGAGAGAGAGAGAGAGAGAGAGAGGCAGACAGAUAGAGAUGAAUGAUAAAAAAAAUGUAAAUACAAAAAAAAGACUUUUGUACCUUAUUUUCAAAAAAAUGUAAUAAAGGGAAUACUAUAGCUAAUUCAAUGGCCAAAAAGGAAAGGAGUUCCUCAAUAAAAAACUAAAUAUCCAUCUGUUUGAGACUCCGAAACCCUGUUGCAUAACAUUGACCUGUUUCUGAUUUCAAAACCCUGUUAAAUAAACAUUGUUUUCUCCAAAGCCCUAUUAAAUAAACGUUGUCUUCUCCAAAGCCCUGUUAAAUAAACGUUGUUUUCUCCAAAGCCCUGUUAAAUAAACAUUGUUUUCUCCAAAGCCCUGUUAAAUAAACAUUGUUUUCUCCAAAGCCCUGUUAAAUAAACAUUGUUUUCUCCAAAGCCCUGUUAAAUAAACAUUGUUUUCUUCAAAACCCUGUUACAUAAAUAUUGUUUUCUUCAAAGCCCUGUUAAAUAAACCUUGUUUCUCCAAAGCUCUGUUAAAUAAACCAUAUUUACUUCAAAGCCCUGUUAAAUAAUUGUUUUUUCUUCAAAACCCUGUUAAAUAAACAUUAUUUUCUUCAAAGCCCUGUUAAAUAAUUGUUUUUUCUUCAAAGCUCUGUUAAAUAAACAUUAUUUUCUUCAAAGCCCUGUUAAAUAA